AUGCUCACAUCAGCCCCCCGGCUGCGCAUCCGCAGACCCUCCCCAACAACCGCCGAAUUCACAGUCACCACACUCCCUCCACAAACAGUCACGCUACGCGCCGCUCGUCUGCUACUACUGCUCUUCCGAAUCACGCUAUCCCUCGCAACAGCUUUCCUACUACACUCGCGAUGGUCCGCGUCUCAAUUGGCCGCCCCGCGGUCGCCGCUGCCCCUGUCCCGACCCGAUAGCAUAGCGUCUGCUGAUGGAUUGUGGUGGUUCCUGGAUGCCGCGCACCGCACGCAGUUUGGUCUCAUGUGCGCGCAGUUAUCCGCCAUGGUACCGCUUCCUGUACUGCUACUCGCUGCUGCUGCCAUUUUCUAUGUGUCGAGUCUGAGAAUCCACGCGUCCGAGAGCUUGCUCGUGAUGAGGGGCCUCGGUGUCCAGACGAGCGAGAGCCCCAAGUCGUACUUUGCGGGCACAACCACACGGUUUAUCCCCACAGAAAAGAUUCAGGAUAUCCUUAUAAAUGAAGGAUUCAAAGGGUUCGGUGUGACGUAUUAUCUCGUUGUCGUUGUAGAGGGCGAGGAGGACGUCGUGGUGGUCUUCCCUGAAUUGAUGCCCAAGCGGGCCAUUGUCGAGACGGUCUGGCGCAGAGCUAGAGAGUGUCUGUACGAGAGGAGGACGGAAGAAAAGGCGCCAUCUACUACUGCUUGA